AUGAAGUUCUACGGUAAUCAGGAAGACGACCUGCCUCUCGACGACCUCCCUCCCAACGACCUCCCUCCCAACAACCUUCCUCCUGACGACUGGUCUAUCGACUACUUCGAGGAACGCAUCAAGUACGCACAAACCAACAUGGGCACCCGUACUGCCUUCUUCUACGGCACCUUGAUGGCCCAGGAAGUUCUCUACAACGUCAUUUUCGGCACUUCCACAGUCAGCAGAUACAACGUCCAAACCGUCACCCAGAAGCCCGCCAUCCUGCACGAUCACAAACGUUCUCGCGUUAAGUACGCCGACUACCCCGGCGUCAUUCCUCAGAAAGGCCACUCUGUCCGCGGCACCUACGUUACUGGUCUCACCGACGGCGAUAUCUACCGCUUGGACAUGUUCGAAGGAUCCCAGUACGAGCUGCAGACCGUGCGCGUGCGUCUCUUGGAGAGCGAAGGCGAUGAGGCUACUGGAGAAGGCAAUGUCGAGGGCGAGGAGGUCGAGACCCAGACUUACAUCUGGACCGACAGUCUUGAGCGUCUCGAAGACAAGGAAUGGGACUACGCCGCUUUCAGAAGUGAGAAGUUGGCCUUAUGGUCUGGCGGUGAGCCUGAGGGCUGGGACGACGAGGAGAAACCUGAGGAGAGCAUUGACCCCACUGGCGGUAGAUUCGGCAAUGGCCAGAUUGCUCAGGACCUCAGCAAGGAACACGAGAAGCUGAAGCAGCAGGAGGGCAAUGAGGGCGAGCCUUUGAAGAGCGCUGUCUAA